AGUUCUUAUUUGACCUCAAUUGUCAUGCUUUCUUGCGACUAUACCUACCUUGUGGUGGUCACCAUACUGACUCUAGUCGUGGCAGUGUUGGGGAAUAUCCUAUUCCAUUGGGCUAUGCGCUUCAGAACAGGUUCAGGCCCGCGGCCGAUGACUUGGAUGGAGGAACACAUGUUGCUGAGUGACUGUUUCCCCAAGGAGUGUAACCUACCCUCUACCUGCAAUGUUAUUAAUUGUGCAAUGCUGUUCAAAGACUCGAUGCCUAGUAGAAAGCAGGUCGAAGAAGUUGUCAAGGAGAAGUUACUAUUCUUCGUCCGUUUUUCAAGCAUCCCUGACGUGGAGACCCAUGGAUGGAAGGUCGUAGAUAAUAUUGAUCUGUCGGAGCAUAUCCUCGCAAGCGAUGUAAUCGAAGACCGCAAAGCAUUGGAUGAUAAGAUUCAGGAGAUUAUCAACCAGCCAUUACCAACUGAUAAGCCAUUGUGGAGAAUUUAUAUGCUGCCCGCUGCCAAAGGAGCUGUGGAUGUGAAGGAUUGCAUGCUUUUCCGAUGCCAUCACACCAUAGGGGAUGGCUUCAGUCUCGUACAAGUGUUGGAGAAGACCGCAACGAAUCUUGACGGAAGUCCUAUCACUUUCACUAAUCCUAAGGAUAAGAAACCCAAAAGGAUGAAUCCGCUGGCUAAGCCCGUAUUUGCACUGCUAUAUGCAUUGGAAUGGUUACGAUCAGCCUUGAGCUUUGUUUUGCAAAAUGGCAAAUGUUAUGAGACCGAGUACGGAUUCAAUUCCUCUCUUGCUCAUCGUAAGGGUGAUCUCCAGUACAGCGGUCUUCGGAAGUCUAUUUGCUUCCAACCAUUCUCCCUGGAUUAUGUCAAGGCUGUGAAGAACAAGUCGCCUAGAAAGGCUACAGUUAAUGAUGUGUUGUUGGGUGCGAUGGUCGGUGCCAUGAGGCGGUAUGGAGGCGAAGCUGUGGAUAGUAAGACCAUCAUGAGGAUGUUGAUACCAAUGGGAACCCCACUUCAAUUUGGUGCCACCACUCCGCCUCAAGGCGAUAGACUGGGCAAUAGUUGGUCAUUUUGCAGUGUUGAUCUAAGCAAGGCCAUCAGAUCUAAGGAUUCCAUCUCGCGGCUUCUAGCUACUGGAUCGAGUAUGAAUCGUAUCAAGCGGUCUCUCAUAUCGCCGGCUUCACUGUUCAUCACCAACACAGUGAUGCCUCUCGUACCCUCUGCUUUCGCCAAGAAGUCGAGUAGGGAUCUCUUCGCUCGGAAUUCCGUUGUAUUCUCCAAUGUCCCUGGAGCCCAACAGCCUUGCUGUUUCGCUGGGAAGGAGAUUGAGUUCAUCUAUCCUAUAUUCCUCAACAUCAUAGAUCAGGUGAUCGUAUUGUCCUAUAAUGGAAAGUUGAUGUUAAACAUGGUUGUUGAUCCUAGUAUCGUGAAAGAUUACGACAAGCUUGAGAGCUACUACCGAAACGAGCUAUUGGACAUGGGAAAACGUCUCGGUGUACACGACGUGGAGCUCUAGAUUCUUCAAGUUCCUCAAGUUGGUGCUGCCUAAUUGCUAGCAUCACAGAUUUGUAUGUGUUUACGAAUACUGGGGCCGUCAGGGAGAUUGCUCAUCAAUUCGUCCGGAUAUUGAUGUGAAUUCCCUUGAACGUGCUCCUUUCUCGUUAUAUCAUAUAUUCAUCUUAUGUGUAAUACAGUCCAAGACAGUCGAUAUCUGUAUCUAAA